CCCGCUCGCGCGUGGGCCCGCCUGAGAGUCGUCAGUCUAUCGCGCGCAGAGGCAGCGCUUGCACGUGCCGCCCUUUGCUCUGUCGCGACCGACACGGUGUCCGUAACUGGUGUUCGGAAAAUUGUGCAUGUGCGUUUUCCGGCGAGAGCAGUGUGUGUGCUAGUGAGAUGUGCUGUUGUUUUCUAGGAUCGGUUUACAAGCAGAGCAUCAACUAGCCCGAAUGAGAACAGAACAGAAGUGCUUGAGCGCUAAAGUUAACAAAAGAAACUGUUGGCGCGUAGCAUUUGUAGUUUAAUUGGUGUAGCAACGGGCGUGUGUCGCGCCGUUGGAGCCAAUAAGCAGAAGCAGUCGCGUCGCGCGCGCUAGUCGCGUCGUCGUCUAGUCGCCUGUCGCAGCCAGUGUCAGUGCUCGCCGGAGUCGCGCGACUCGGCCAGCACGCCCCGACACAGCCGUGGAUAACCUCGGCCAGAGCCCACUCCCGGUGAAGAGGCUGCACGAAGCGCUUCAGAGUGCCCAAGUGAAGCGACAGCGUCUCUCCCCCCCGUACCCCGCCCCCUCGCCCCUCCACCCGAUACACCAGCUCGCUGUACACCAGCACAUCAAAGUGCAGCAGAGUAUAGUGCAGCAGAGCAUAGUGCAGCAGCACCAGUUGAAUCUGGCGCACCAGUCGCUGCAGAACCUGCAGGCGCAGAGCUUACAAGCGGCGCAGCAGAGUCUGCAAGCCCAGAGUCUCCAAGCUCAGAGUCUCCAGGCUCAGGGUCUCCAGAGCCCAGCAGCGGGUGUGGGUACGCAACAAGCAGCAGCGACACAAGGCGCGCUGGUGCCUCCACAGCAGCCGUCGCCGCGGGCCGCGUCUCCGCAGCACAAGAACAUGGAGCUCGCGCUGUGCCAGAGCAUGGACUCCGUCAACACCGCCACCACUGAGGAAGAGGUGCGGACACUAUUCGUGAGCGGGCUGCCCAUGGAUGCAAAACCGCGGGAGCUGUAUCUACUAUUUCGAGCAUAUGAAGGAUACGAAGGUUCGCUGUUGAAGGUCACGAGCAAAAAUGGAAAGACUGCAUCGCCAGUCGGUUUCGUUACAUUUCACACUCGCGCCGGAGCUGAGGCAGCUAAGCAAGACCUUCAGCAGGGCGUCCGGUUCGACCCCGACAUGCCGCAAACGAUUCGGCUGGAGUUCGCUAAAAGCAACACGAAGGUCAGCAAGCCGAAGCCGGCCGUUGCCACAGCCGCGCCAGCUGCACACCCUGCAUUGAUGCACCCACUCACUGGACACUUAGCCAGUCCGUUCUUCCCCGGCGGAGGCGCCGAGCUGUGGCACCACCCGCUCGCGUACGGCGGUGAGCUGCCGACGCUGUCGCACGGGCUGGUCCAUCCCGCCAUCCACCCACAGAUGGCGCCCACCCCGCUGACGCUAGGCGCGUGCGUGCUGCCCGCCCCGGCACUGGGGUCGCCAGGCGCCGCGGUGCCAGGGCAUGCGCCCGCGCCGCCCUCGCACCCUGCGCACCCCGCGCACCCUGCGCCGCCCUGCUCCACGCUCUUUGUCGCCAACCUUGGUCAGUUCGUCUCCGAGCAUGAGCUCAAGGAGAUAUUCAGCAGCUGUCCGGGUUUCUCGCGGCUGCGGCUCCUGACGGGCGGUGGCGCCGGCGGGGCCGGUCCGGUCGCGUUCGUGGACUUCGUCACGGCGAGCGACGCCGCCACCGCCAUGGCCCGUCUGCAGGGGGCUCUCCUCCUCAGCUCUGAGGGGGCCAUCCACCUCGAAUUCGCGAGGCAUAAGUUGGCACACAACGGCUGGAUACUAGCACAUGAAGGAGCCAAAAGCGGAGAAGAGGUCGAACAGCAUUAGUUCGUUCGUGGCACUCGGCACUUGACAACCAGCUAACUGAGGGACGCGCUAUCUCGGUCCUCGACAGCGCAUCGGAAGCGGGCCACCGGGAGAUGGAGCCACUUGCUGCGACGCGCGCGCGCGCCGCUAGCGCCAUCUAACUAGCACUGGCGACAACCUCAAAAUUCCAAUGUACCGUCGCAAACGCUCUCGUCUCCCGACUUUUAUUUUCCUCUCGAUUAGCAUCGGAGGUGUGGUGUUUUUUGUUGAUACCAAAUUUAGAAUAUAAUCUUUUAUUAUUAUUAUUAUUAAUAUAAUAUUAACAUUCCAGUUAUAUUGUUUACCGUUCACGAUGAUAAUAAUUAUUAUUAUUUGAAAUUUUUCCUUUUUAUUGUAUAUCGCGUUUAUUUAAUAAUUCAUUAAUUUCAUGUAAUAUAAGAUUUAUUUACAAUUAACUAGUAGUAUGGUGAAGUUAGUAAAUCGUUUCCACGCGACCGAUGUGUAGCGUCAAAGAGGAUUUGUUAUGGAUAUAGUGUAAUAUCAGAAAUUAAUCACUUUAGGAUAUAUUUCUCAUUCGAAUAAGCUAAAAACCAAAGGUGCCCUUCAUAGAAAGAUUACGUUUUGUUGAUAAUAUUUCAAGUUGAAUGAUUUUAAAUGAAGUUGUAUGUAAUAAUAAACAAUACUUUUUGUUUUAGUCUCGAUAAUAUUAGCAUAUUUAAAAGAAUUUUUCAUGACUAUCUCAAAUUAUAUUUACCUAAUGCUUUUUUAGUAAUUUUUAUAAUGUUCAAUCACUCGUUAAAGCGCUGGCACUCUAGUGUUGGUCUUACGAUCCUUUCUAUCUGUAAAUGAAUAAAUAAAUUGCAAUAAUUGUAAACUUGUAACUAGGUGAAGCGAUAGUGACCGCCCUCGGUGUCGCUCUGUGAAGUGCAAUACAUUACUGAUCGCGCCGCGCUCGCUUCGGAUCGCAUCGUAUCGCAUCGUAUUCGCUACUGUUGUCUUUCUACUAUCUUAUCACACCCUUAAAGCCGUGAUACACAUGCCGGUAACAUGAAAACCUUUAUAAACUCGUAGACUGUACAGUUUGCUACAAAUUUUUGUAGAUUACAAAAAAAAAUGUGGAAAAAAUCCAACAAAUCAACAUUAAUCACCUACCUAGUAUGGUUACGAUACUAUUACAAUAGAAUCACUGGUUCAAUGUUACAAGCAAGUGAUUUGUUGUAUUUCAGUAAAAAUGUCUUUUAUACUUGAUCAUGAAUCAAACCGACCGACCGACAAUCAUAAUAAUAGUUACAAGUAGCAUUAGGAUUAAUGAUCCUUAAAUUACCUGAAAACAUAUUUAGACACAAUGAUGUGAGAAGAAAAAAGAGGUAGAUAACUAUGCUAAUUAGCAAACCUGAGCUCAGUCGCCGCACUGUCAUCGCGUUGACAACGCCACUGAAAUAAUUUUUGUGAUGUAAACAUCGAAUCUAUCUGCCGUAUCAUCACGAACAAAGCGCGUGUAUCAUCGGUUUUAUGUCUUGUGCCUUGCGAAAAUUAUUUUCUAAAUAUUUUUUUUUCGAAGCGUUAUUCAGUGAACAUUAGUGGCUUUAUUUAUAGACAUGGUUUAGGAUUUAAACCUCAAAUAUCUUCAAAGUAAAGUGAAGUUUAUACUGUAGUGAUUAGGUCCAUUUUACUUUGAAGAAAAUUGAGGUUUAAAUCUCAGCCCACGUUUAUGAAUAAGGGGUAAGAGUUUUUGUGGUGUACAUAUAUCUUGAACUUAGUAUACGAUGCGACGAAAUCGAGCGUGGUUCAGUCUUGUUGCGAGAAUUUAGCCUUGGCCUUAUGAGAGUAAAAUAACUAUAUUGUGUAAUCAUUAUAUUAAUUAUUAGUAUUAAUAAAUGGCGACUGCGCCAUGCUGAAUAGUGAAGAAAAUAUUCUAUUUGCAUGCUUUGACGAGCUUUUUGGUAAUGUACUAAUUUAAAAAGUUUAGUAGUUACUUUAAUUGUGUAAUCGUUAGGUGAAUAAUAUAUAACUAGAUAAGGGUAUUUAUUGUAGACGAUCAGCAUAGUUACAUUAAUGUUAAUUGAAAAAGUUAUUCAUACAUAAUAUUGAAACGGUGUAAUGUUAAAUUAACUGUGUUAGGUUUAAUCAAAUGGAAGAUUUAAUAUAUUUUUUAUUUUUAGCUAGUUGACUAUCGCAUGGAGAAUGACUUUAGCUUCGUGCUACGCGAGUGAUUUGUUGCGAUGCGAAGCUACGAGAAUGCGCUACGAAAAAAUGGUAUCUUCGUAGCAGCGCUACGAACAAACUCGUGAAAAUUUGUGACAUAUUGUACUCUACUGUUACAAGUUUUUUUUCAAGGAUUCAUUUUCAAGUAAAAAGAGCUAUAACGACAGCCUAAAAUAACUUUAAUGUUCCUCGUUUUUAUACACAAAACAUUUCCGACAAUUUAUAUAUCACAAAUACUCUAAAAGGAGAGUUUAUGAUAACUCGGUAUGCAGGGACAUUAGUUAGACUGUCUUAAUUGGUUCAAUAUUGGAGAAGUAAUGGCGCUUGCGAGAUGUCUUGUAGUUGGUACUGUGAGUACAUGCUGUUUGUGUAAAAUCGCGUUUCGCUAAAUCGCAACAAAUCGCUCAGACAUAACGCAAUGUUAGUUACCCUCUCGCGUAAAAGCGAUGACGUUGAGUUAACUUCUAUGCGAAAUAGCAAUAAACCAAAAAAGAAUUCUUAAUGUUUAUACUAUAGGUAUCUAGAAAAGUAUUCUGCUGAUGUAAACGUGUAAAAAUUAUACAAAAAAAAGUAAAAAAAAAAAAAUAAUCCCUGCUUAGGCUAUUACUAUAAGGUUUCUGAUAUUCGGGUUGAGAUCUUGACGCGACAUAUAUCGACGUAUAUUCACGAGAUUGUCGUACAGAGGCCGGAAAAUCCGCAUGUGAAAUUCUUAUGAAAAAUCUCUUAGUCAAUAUUUAAUAGAAAUAUGUCAAUUUUUGACUUAGCAAAAUUUUAUACGUUAUUUAUAGUAACUGUAACUUUCACGUUAAAUAUACCGAGCGUCAUGGCGUGUAGACCAAAGAUGAAUGAUAUACAUAAUUGUACUACUAACCUCAGACCGUACCAAACAUUAUUUGUUGACCCGCAUACUGGCGACAUAUUUUAUUACAUAAUAUAUUAACAUUUUUUUAUUAUGUACAGAGAACUUUAGCUCUCUAAUUUUACGUUCUCUGACGUAAAAAGUUAAGUGUUUUCUUACUAUCUAUCAUUAUUUGAUUUCUUAAAUAUUAUACUUAUAUGUAUAUAUAUUUUUAACAAUCAAUUGUUCAAUUUAGUAUUUCAAUAUUUUAGUGAAAUACAUAUAUUAUAUAUACAUAUUAUUAUGUAUAUAUAUAUUUUAGCCAGUACGUGAAGUCGGCUUUAGUUAAAUUUGUUAGCUAAUAUCUAAAUAUAAUAUUACGAACUAUUUAUUACAAAUACGUUCAAUUUAUAUAAUUAAUAUUUUUAUCAUUUCAUAUAAAAUCCUAAAAUUACCAAUCAAAUAUCUCGGUUUCUCUCGUAUUCGUGUUUCAAUGUCGGUUUUUAAAUAAUUAAGCUAAGUCAGUGUUUACUUAUUUAAUUCGGUAAUAUAAUAAUAUAUAAUGCUAAUUCGUAUGUAAGUAAUUGUGUAAUAGUGAAGUAGAGAUCUCCCAUACCUUCGGCGCCCGGCGUUCCUCGGCCGCGGAAAACAUACAACGAAAGAUUUAUAUUAAAAAAUGAAAUUCUAUUCCAUUAUUUUUCCAAGCGCCGUGGUAACUUUAGUAAGGCAAUAUUUUGGUAUUUUACAAAAUGCUUAUUCCUUUUUGGUUUGCCACUUCAAGAUAUACAAAAACAGCAGAUUAAAAAAUAUACAAAAAUAAUCCAAUAAUAAAUUCGAGCAAGCCCUUGUGUAACUCUAAGUAAAAUAAAUAAGGUGCAUACUAAUGACGCAUUAUGUGAGUUUCUAAGUAUAUAAACAAUGAAUAUUUUCCAACUAAUAUAAUCGUAAUUUUUGUGAUUAUUUAAACACAAAAAUUACGUGUAUCAGUGAGACUCUGGAGAAAUUAAUAAUAAAAAAGAAUGAAAAAUAACUGUAUGAAGGUCGACUUGAGAAGACUUUCAUGAAAAACAAACCCUUGUUAAUACAUCUAAAGUUACAACGGAGGCGAGCAUUCGUUUUGGUUGAGUCAACCUGCCAGUCAGCGCCGUGUAAUGGUGUACACACACGGCGUGACUCAGGUCGUGAGAGCGCUGGGGGCGCCGGCGUCGCCAUGAUUCCGUCCAACCGUAGCUAGCGAGUAAGAGACGUCCAGUGGCUGCGGACACGGCUACGUCAUUUUGCGGGACUACUCGAUACAUAUCAACGUGUAAUAUUAAUGUGUAAUUAGAAUAUAAAAAAAGCGGUUUCAUAGAGACUUUUAUUCAGUAUCCUCGUCUAACUACUUGUGUAAUGCGAUCGGUUGUAUGUCACGCUAAAUCGGCGUCGCGUUUUCUUUGUCGGGUUGCGCUUGGCAUUCUUCGUCUUCGAAUAUUUUUCGCUUGGGUAUUACUUUUACAGUUGGCACGGUGGUAGGCGUUCCGUCGGAGUGUUGUCGUGUGGAUUGUUUCGGUUCGUGUCGGAGUCAACUGCGGCCGCGUGACAUAGGCCCGUAUGUGAUAGGGUAGGGUAGCGGUGUAGUGUCGCCUUGCAAGUUAGGUUAAGUGAAGCGGUAUCAAACAAACGCCGUGUACCGGAAACAUAUCAAUUCUGUGCCCCUUAAUAAAUAAUUAAAUACUAAUCUAAGAGAUACAUAUGAAUAGCGUAAAAACAAAAUAAUCGUUCGGAGUAUCAAAUAAAUGCUAAGUGAUGUUUUCGUACGUUGAACAAUUAAUAAUGGUGAUUAGUUUUCGAAAUGUGAAUCGUACCCGAGUAGUGUCGCGCAAUUUGUUUUUGUAACUUACCGCAAUAGAUCUUUUUUAUUUUAAUUUUAUAAUUGUUAUAUGUUAUUGUAAUAUAUGCUAAUGACUAAUAUGGCUUAAUUACCAAAAUAUUUUUAGCAGUUCGCUUCGUAUUCAGUAUUAAUGAUCUUGUUUUUAAUUUUCGGUGACAAAAGCUAGUGCGUUGCUGGAAAAUUAUUUGUAUAUCGAGCAAAUUAAACCAUACAAAGUAUAUAGUUAGUAAUUAAUUGUUAGAUUUGUGUGACUUGGAUUAUUUAAAGCUUUUAGAGCAAAGGUAAAGUGUUAUUGUGGUUUAAGAAAAAAAAAACAUAAUGACAUUGUAAAAAUAGUGAUAAAUUUAGCUUAAUUAUUACCAUUAUUACAACUUUUAUAGAUGUUCAUUGAUUUUCUUUUCUUACUUCAUGGACUAUUGUGGCAUUGGAGACGUCAUUGUUAAUUCAAAUAAAUUUGAGCUCAUCCUCAAACGAAGUUUUCAUUCAUCCGAUAUCCCCUCGCAGUUGCGAUCAAUCAAGUCUCCAAACAGAACCCGAACAAACUUAGUAAUUCUUCGAAGAUUGUAUUAAAGUUUCGAGUUUCUACUUUGCCUUAUUCUAUUUGCACCCCAAAGACGUUUUAUUCGUACAUUUCUAACAAGCUUGCGCUCUUGUUCUGUUUUGUCAAUCUUCUUGUUAUAUUCGAGAAAAAUAUUAGUAUAUUAAUAAUAGGUAUUAUAGUUUAGGAUAUCUAAAGUUAGAUAUAAUUAUAUCGACAGUUGAGCUUUGGAAAUUGCUUUGUAGAUUUACUGCUUUAGUACGUCCUCUUGUAAAACGAGUUUUUGACUGUAAUAUAUUACGCGAUGCCGUACUUACGUAAGAAUUGGUGUUACAAUUGAGACGUAAUUUGUGGGCGUGAGCGCUAAUAAAUCUUAUUUCAAUAAUAAUUCGUUUGUGGCAGUGUUGUAUUUAUGUUAUAAUUAGUUUUAAAGCAUUAUAGGGUCCAAAGAUUGGGAAUAAACAUAUGUGACAAAUUAAA